AUUACGUCAUGUAGGACGCAGCCGGUGACUUUGGAUAGGUCUUCACAUUAGGCCAAAAUGGCGGCCGCCGUCGUCCGAGGUUUGGGCUCCGCGUUGUCCAAAAAUCUCCGUGAAAUCCGAAUUCACGUCUGCCAAACGUCCGCAGCCAGUAAGGGAACCAGAGACUUUGUGGAGCAGCACUACGUGGCUCUCAAGCAAGCCAACGCAGACUUCCCCAUCCUGAUCAGAGAAUGUUCCGGAGUGGAAGCCCGGCUGUGGGCCCGCUAUGAUUUGGGGAAGGAGCGCAGCGUCUCUCUGGACAAUAUGUCCCUUGACCAGGUGGCCCAAAGUCUGCACACGCUGGCCCAGGCCAAGCCGUAAGACACCUGCAAAAAGCAUGUGCCCCCCCCCCCACCCACACACACACACACACACACACACAAACUCGCCGUGUCAUGUACUGAUGUGAUUAAGAAAAAGAAUGCGAGUGGAGAGUUUUUGGUUGUAAAUGUAAAACUAGAAUAAAAUUCAAGUUCAAAAGUUCAAA